AUGACUACAAGGAGAGGCUGGUAUCCUUACAACCUGGAUUUUGACUUCUCGGCUUUGGAAGGCCUGCAGCGGUUCAGCAUCAACAAUCUAGGGGACCCCUUCAUCGAGAGCAACUAUGGCGUGCACUCCAGAGAGUUUGAGAUUGGGGUGCUGCAGUGGUUUGCUCGCCUGUGGGAGAUUGAUCAGGACGAGUACUGGGGCUACAUCACCAACUGCGGCACGGAGGGCAACCUGCACGGCAUCCUGGUGGGCCGCGAAAACCUGCCGGACGGCAUCCUGUACGCCUCCCACGAGACGCACUACUCCGUCUUCAAGGCCGCGCGCAUGUACCGAAUGGACUCCCUUGACACGUUGGAGACGGGGGAGAUGGACUACGACCACUUGCGGUCAGUGCUGGCGGCCAACAGCGCCCGGCCGGCCAUCCUGAACGUCAACUGCGGCACAACAGUCAAAGGCGCUGUGGACGAUCUGGACCGCGUUCUGGAUAUUCUGCGCGAGACCGGCUACAGCGAAGACCGCUUCUACAUCCACGUGGACGGCGCCCUCUUCGGCAUGAUGAUGCCCUUCAUCAAGAAGGCGCCGCGGGUGUCCUUCAGGAAGCCCAUCGGCUCGGUGUCGGUGUCCGGCCACAAGUUCAUCGGAGCUCCUGUGCCCUGCGGCGUAGUCAUCACCCGCCAAAAGUAUGUGGCGGCUCUGUCAAACGACGUGGAGUACCUGAACAGCAGGGACGCGACGAUCAUGGGGUCGCGCAAUGGCCACGCGCCCAUCUACAUGUGGUUCACGCUGACGCGCAAGGGCUACGAAGGCAUGCGCAAGGACGUCGAGCGCUGCCUGCGCAACGCCCUCGUCCUCAAGAGCAUGCUGGAGCAGGCGGGCGUGAAGGUGAUGCUGAACGAGCUGAGCAGCACGGUGGUGUUUGAGCGGCCGCGCGAGGAGGCAUUUGUGCGCAAGUGGCAGCUGGCGUGCGAGGGCGAGGUGGCGCACGUGGUGGUCAUGCCCAAUGUGCACAUGGCCAUCCUGGAGGAAUUCGUCGCCGACCUUAUCGCCAGCCGCACCCGCCACUUCCUCAACGCCGCCAUGAAGGUCGCCUCAGACGCGCGCGCCGCCCACAGCGAUGACAGCGAUGAGGAGUGA